AUGUCGAAAGCAUAUAAUUUCGAUUGGCAAAUUGAAGUACCAGCUCCCUUACUUAAAGGCGAUAUUUUUGAUCGUUGGGAUGAAGAAAAUAGUUCAUUAGAACAAAAUUGUUUAUUUCGUGUUGAUAGUUAUGGAUUUUUUAUUUAUUGGCAAAGUGAAGGACGUGAUGGACAAGUUAUUGAAUUAUCACAAGUUAGUGAUAUACGACCAGGCAAAGCUCCAACUGAUCCAAAAAUCGCUGCUGAUCUUAUGUCUUCUUCACUUGUACAUGGUCGAGGUAAUAUUGAUGAACGAACAGUUACUAUAUGUAGUGGAACUGAUUUUGUACAAAUAAGUUAUACGAAUAUAACAGCAGAUAAACCAACAAUAGCAAAACUGUGGAUUGAAGGAUUAAGAAAAAUUACACAUAAUCAUAAAGCUAAUAAUAUAUGUCCAACAACAAUAUUACGAAAACAUUGGAUGAAAUUAUCUUUUAUGUUAACUGUUAAUAAGAAAAUUCAUGUUCGAAGUAUUAGUAAAACAUUUGCAUCAGGUAGAACUGAAAAACGUGUAUUUGAAAUUCUUAAAGAACUUGGUUUACCAAGUGGAAAAAAUGAUGAAGUUGAUCCAGCUGAUUUUACAUUUGAAAAAUUUUGUGAUUUAUAUCAUAAAAUUUGUCCACGUACUGAUAUAGCUGAAUUAUAUGAACAAUUAUCAGGUGGUAAAGAUUAUAUAACAACAAAACAAUUUGUUGAUUGGCUUAAUGAAACUCAACGUGAUCCACGUUUAAAUGAAAUAUUAUUUCCAUUUUAUGAUACAAAAAAUGCAUUACGUAUUAUUGAUCGAUAUGAAUUACGUGCUAAUUAUAGAGAUCGUGGUCAUUUAUCAUGUGAUGGUUUAACACGAUAUUUAAUGUCCGAUGAAAAUGCACCUGUUUUUCUUGAUCGUUUAGAAGUUUAUCAUGAUAUGGAUCAACCAUUAUGUCAUUAUUUAAUUAAUUCAUCACAUAAUACAUAUUUACAAGGACGACAAUUUGGUGGUCGUUCAUCAGUUGAAAUGUAUAGACAAGUAUUAUUAGCUGGUUGUCGUUGUAUUGAAUUAGAUUGUUGGGAUGGAAAAAAUGAUACAGAACCAAUAAUAACACAUGGAAAAGCAAUGUGUUCAGAUAUUAAUUUUAAAGAAGUUAUUUAUGCUAUAAGAGAUACAGCAUUUGUUACAAGUGAUUAUCCGGUUAUACUUUCAUUUGAAAAUCAUUGUUCGAAACCACAACAAUUUAAAUUAGCUAAAUAUUGUGAAGAAAUACUUGGUGAUCUGUUAUUAACAAAACCAUUAGAUAGUCAUCAACUUGAACCUGGUGUGUCUUUACCAUCACCGAAUUUAUUAAAGCGUAAAAUUCUUAUUAAAAAUAAACGAUUGAAACCAGAGAUUGAAA